UGCCCUGCCUGAGCCACUUUGAGGCCGUGGGCGGCUCUCGCCCCUUGCUUCUCCCGGGGGGAAGGAGAGGCCAGCCCGGGCUCCAUAAAUACGCGGGGAAAGGCGAGGCUGGGCUGCCACUUCCCCGCCUCGCCGCCCUGAAAGGCAUGCAGUGAACAGAGACCGCGAGAGACCCGCCGAGGACCGCCGCCGCCGCCCCAUCUACCGCGCUCUCUUUCCAGCCGAGUCCAGCGAGGAGCGCCUCUCAGGGCCCAGCCUUCGCUCUCCAAGAUGCAGAGGUGGAGUAGCCUCCUGUUCGUCUCCUUAAUCUUUAGCUUUGCCCUUUCUGAGAGUUUCGGGCUGGUUUUAUCUGCUAAAGAGAAAAGAGGAUGGACUAUGAAUAGCGCUGGCUAUCUACUUGGCCCACGUCGUAUUGAACAGCUCCUCAAGGAAAUGCCCAGUACAAGGGGGAAAGAAGAGCCACCUGGGGAAUAUGCAAUAGACAGAGUUUUUAAUGACAAGCAUGGUUUAGCUGGCAAACGUGACAUACAGCCCGAAGAAAAUAUAAAAGCAGGUUUUUUUGGAAGACCAUUAACUGAUGCCAAUAUUAUGCAUACAAUUAUUGAAUUUUUGACCUACUUACAUCUUAAAGAAGCUGGAGCUCUUGAUAACAUACCUACAACAGUUUCUUCAGAAGAGACAGAUCAAUCUUGAAAGAGAAUGUAUAUAUCCUGUGUUAUAAAUUGCCUAAUCAGAGCUUUGAACAAGACAAGAUGAUAUUCACGAUUUACAUUUACCUUACAUUUACGCUUCUUGUGAUCACUUUCCUUUUGUCUGUUUUCCCCUGGUAAUGUUAUAUUGUAAGGGUUUUUUUUGCUUGAUAAAAAAUACUGUAGAUAAAUGACACAAUAAAAAAUAGCAGCUGCA